UGCGGGAAAAGCUGCUCAUUUCUGCGCAAGACGCGCGUUGUUUACAUCAAACUGUAGCUGUGUUGAACGAUGAAUGAUGCUGCGGUUAAAGCAGCAGCUGCAGCCCGAGGUGACGCCUGUGCCUUGAGUCUCAAUGAGCACCCGUGAGGCUGUCGGCCCCUCCCCUCGGCUCUCCCCAUGGAUGUAAUCUCUGACUUAACAACAGGUAUUUGUGAGGUCCCAGACAAAGUAAGCUGUUCAGACCUCGGCGAGCUGUUGGCAGGAGAGUCAGAGCAGAGCUCCUGCAGCGCAGAGUCUGUAGAAAUCCCCGUCGAAAAGUCUGCAGGCAUGGGUCGUCAAGAGGCCGACUAUGUGUGGAAGAAGAACACUGAAAACAUCCAGGAGAUUUUUGACAUCAUGGAGGAGUUGGGAUCGGGGGCGUUCUCAGAGGUGUACAUGGUAAAGGAGAAGAAGACGGGAAAGCUGUUUGCCAUGAAGUGUGUGAAGAAGAAACAGAAAAGAGACCUUAAUCUGGAGAAUGAGAUUGCUGUGUUGAGAAGAAUCCAACACGAGAAUGUCGUGGGGAUGGAGGAUUUCUAUGAAAGUCGGACCCAUUACUAUCUUGUCAUGCAGCUUGUUUCAGGCGGUGAGCUCUUUGACCGUAUACUGGACCGGGGGGUGUACUCAGAGAAGGAUGCCAGCAGCGUGAUCCAGCAGGUGCUGCAGGCCGUUAGCUAUCUGCACCAAAAUGGCAUAGUGCACCGUGACCUCAAGCCUGAGAACAUCCUGUACUACAGCCAGGAGGAGACCUCCAAGAUCAUGAUCAGUGAUUUUGGCCUCUCCAAGAUGGUAGACAACGACAUCAUGUCGACAGCCUGUGGCACCCCAGGAUAUGUAGCUCCUGAAGUUUUGGCACAGAAGCCCUACAGCAAGGCAGUGGACUGCUGGUCUAUAGGAGUUAUCACCUACAUCUUACUCUGUGGAUAUCCCCCUUUUUAUGAAGAAAGUGAGACACGACUGUUUUCCAAGAUCAUGAAGGCGCAGUAUGAGUUCGACUCGCCCUUCUGGGAUGACAUUUCAGAAUCUGCCAAAGAUUUCAUCCGUAACAUGAUGCAGAAGAAUCCCAGCAUGCGCUACACCACUGAGCAAGCGCUCAGACAUCCCUGGAUUAUCGGAAAGACGGCUCGGAGCCAGGACAUCUAUUAUUCUGUCAGCGUUCAGAUCCAAAAGAACUUCGCCAAGACCAAGUGGAAGCAAGCCUAUAACGCUGCUGUAGCCAUCAACCACAUGAAGAAGCUGCAACUGGCCCACUCAGAGCUGGUCCUGAGGCAGGCCAGCAUCCCAGACAUCAAGGUCAUCGACGUGUCCUCCCCAACAAAAAACCGCAAACAUGUCGAUCCAGACAAACUUGACCCCAAGGUGGCGCUGACUGACGGGAAAGCACACGGGACAAAUCACAUGCCCCUGCCCACGAGCCAUGUUGAACUGAAGAGCCAUUACCACCCGCUGACGGCCAGUCAGAGUCAAGGCGCCGCACCCCACGCACCGUCUAUAGCUGAGCAGGGCAAACACGUCUACCACUCAGAGCCCGCCAACCUGAACGGGUAUGGUAACCGUAACGGCAAGACUGUGCAGACUGGAGUUUGCUCAAUCAUGUGAAGGCUGCAUGAAGUUUAGAUGGAAAAAAGCAUUUAACUUGGUCACUGCUGCUGUGCUGACUCAGCAUGCAGCUGUUUUGUAUCAGCAGGUCCUCUGGUACUGAGAAUGAGAAGUGGUUGAUCCUCUGACGGACCCAAGCGGUCUGCGAGGUCCACACAGUCCGUGGGAUAUUUUAUUAUGGAAAGAGUGCCUGUGAAGCUUCCCGACAUCCACACAGAAGCACACACACACACACACACACACACUCAUUCAGAUGCACGAGACUCACUUUAACUCAGAUGCACAGGGUAGACUUCAGUUAAACAGGACAGUUCGGACAGUAUUCGAGGGACUGUCUCUCUCAGAUGGGGAUGUGGUGGGCUCACCUGCUGCUGGGCUCCACUUGAAUGUCCAGCUCGUUGUGAUGGUGAAGCAGUCCCAGCACUUCCUGGUUAUUGAUCAGGGAGAGUUUAAUUCAUCAGAGCACUUAGUGUCCAGGUUUAUUAAGAUCAUGGUUACAUGUUGUUUAAGAAACUACACACAAUGCAAUAAGACAAAUUAUUGUACUUUAUGUGUAAAAUAUUAUCCUUUAGCCAACCUGCAUUUGUAAGCGCAAAUAGAAUAUAUGGAAAAACUGCAUGCUUACUGCUACAAAUAAGCCAUAUGUGUACAAUCUAUUCUGGUAAAGUCUCUUAUUUUUAUUACCUUCCUUGUGUUAAUUGUUUGUUGUUCUGCUUUAUUUUUUUCUAAAGUAUUUGCUUCCUUUUUUAAAAAAAAAUGUAAAAAAAAAAAAAAAGAUUUUAAAAAAGAGCUAUACAGACAUGAGUUAAGAAAAAACAAACGAAAACACAACAUAUGUUCAAACUGACAGAUCAUAAACAGUGUAAAUGCCACAAGUAUAUCCAUAACUUGCCAACUCAUAGCUCUCAUAUGCCAUUAACCUGCUAGAACAUAAAAUGCCAUUUAUAUUCACUGUAAUAGAUGUUUCUCCACUUACUGUAAGUGGUUAAUUCUGCACACUCUGCUUUUUGUCUCUCCAGCUGUAUGUGGCUUUGUAUUGAUGCAUUCAACAGAUAUUGAUCUACUCUAUGUAUUAUGCUGGAAUCCCUGUAUGCUCACAAAUAAAGCCUGUACAGAAUCUG